CAGGUUUAAGUGGAAGUUACGCCAAAACUGGCUCGUCUCUAACAGUGGCCUAUAUUAGUGUCUAACGGUGGGCUCUGUUGGUCUAUGGAUGCUGGGACGGUAGGUUGACAUUGAUAUCAGCGGCCAUUCGCUGUACGUACAGUACUGUACAAAUGUCGCGAUGAGGAGAGCCUGGCUGUGGCUGGUGCGGCCAGGCGCCACACUAAGUUGUCUGGUCAGCGCAUGUAAAGUCGAGGCUAGCCUUGUAGGUAGGAAUCGCUCUGGGAGAGUUUAAUGUGGCUUCACUCGUCACUCUCGUUGUCGCGAGCCUGAGAGGUGUUGGAGGGUGCAGGGCGAGCUAUGAUACACUGACAAGGGGAGGGAGGGCUGUGUGCAACCACUACAGAGGGGAACACUGCCUCGCUUGUGUGGCGCUUGUAGGUGAAAGGUAUAUUCCAGGCUGUUUUUGCGUAAGCGAAGGGGUUGAGUUCUGAAUUCGCUGUUGGUUAUGUGGCUGGGGUUUAUGCAUUCGUGGUCUUCGGGGUUGGUGACUGGCUAGUGAUAUGUGUGUCUUGCUCUUCCCGGGUUAGAGUUGUUGGAGAGAGCCCUAGGGGCCUAUUUGGCUUGCUUUGUUGCGUAUUGCAUGAAUGGGAGGUGCUCCCUUCGCUGGAAACACUCUCUGUCGGUUGGUGGCAGUGGUUGGAAACAUGCUCCUGCCAGGCUGCAUUGGCCAGGGGUGAGAGGCCUAGUGCUCUAGGGUUAGAGAGAUAUAUAUAAGAUAGAGUAGCACAGAAUGUGUUGCUACUGUCCAGGCACUUGGUCCACUUGGUUUACCGUGUUAUAUUCCGAUUUAUAUUCCGAUUUACAUUAUGGGCGAUUGGAUCCUCAGGCCGCUAGAGCGUCUAGAUAGUUGGGAUGGCAAGUGCCUGUGGUAUAAAACGCGAAAGCUUGGUGGCAGAGAGCAAAGGUGCUCUAGGAAGUUGAAAGCGCGUGAUGGGGAUAGAGAACAGAUCCUGGCAAAUGUGACAGAGCUCGUUCAGGAAGGGAGUCGACCACGAGACGAUGUUUUGCGAGAACUAGCAGGGCUGAUGCUAUGUCCCGCAAACCACCGCAGUACGAUCAAUCAACAGUUACUUUGUGAGCACUGGAUUGCACGAUGGGCCGAAGAUCACAUCGAUGAAGAUGACUCAGAUGGAAGGAGCGAUAAUGGUGAUGAAAAUGAUCAGAACCACGAAGAUGACUAUUUUCCAUCUAAUGACCUAGAUACCCAGGAACACCCGGAUAUAGAUGACUUCGAAGACUCCGCAUACUUCUCCGACGACAACAGCAACUCAUCUGUCCAUUCAGAUAUCUCAGGCGGCAGCGCGGACCUCGAAAUAUCUACCUUACCUCUAGAUCAAGACGAUGAUCCAACCCACCUACCAUCCUUAACAAGCACUUUAGCCCCACAGCCAGCUGCAACCAACAAUCCUCCCGCCAUCCCUGCACAUAUUCGCUCCUACAGCCCCUACACCACCCAUUCUCCACAAGAAAUAUCCCGCGCGCUCCAGACCAAACUCGAACAGGCCCUCAGCCCCGCAGAAAUCUCGGGCCGCAUCAUCUACGGCUUCCGUGAGGUGAUAGGGAGCCCAUAUAUCAAGAUCGGCAUCACGAACGACUUCGGCAGGCGCCGUGGCGAGCUUUCCCGCGGGUGUGGAUAUAGAUGCGAAGAUCUUGUAUUCCAACUAGAAACAAGGCAUGCAAUGAAGGUGGAGCAUUUGGUGCAGAAGCAUCUUGCUGCGGCGAGGCGGAGAGAGGAUGUGUCGAGGUUUGUGGGCCAGGGGGGCUGUAAUAUACAUAUGACGCAUGUUGAGUGGUUUGAGGUGGGGGAUGAAAGGGUGGCGGAGGUGGUGGAGGGGUGGGUGCGGUUCAUGAAACUAAAGCCGUUUGGAGAGGUUGGUGAUGGCGAGGCUUGGGAGCUGAAGAGAGAGUGGAAGGGAAAACUUGGGGAGGUCGAGGCGGAUCACGAGGAGGGGGAUAGGUGGCUCCGGUGGUUAGAGAGGCACGCUCCUGCUACGACUUCGGACACAAACCUGGUCGUAAGCGUGGACGUGACAGAGGACGAAGGGGUCGAAGAAGUGGUGGGAGAAGCGGCUGCUUUCGUUCCUGACUUCAUCCGAUCAACCACUAACGACGACUUUCUACCACCCUUCCAGCAGCCAACCAGCCCUACAGAAACUCACACCGCUUACCUCUACACUACAUCUAUACCGCCCUACCUUCCGCCCACUAACCCAGGGCUGCCGCAACCGAACCUGGUCACUAGCUUCCUAUUCCACGCCCUACAGCUUGUCUUCUUUCUCACCAUCGUGGGAAAUAUUUCAUGCCAGCAGCUUGCUAGCCUCGUGCUACUAGGGUUUGCGACAUUAGUGGCCCGGCAGAGUGAUCGGGCGAUGACAGGAGAGAGUGGAGAUGUUUACUCGGGGGUGCUAAGAGGGGUAUAUUAUCCGGAUUUAACAGGAAGGCUAGCUGCAAUGGAUAGAUAGGGGAGGCUAGGACUGUUAGAAGGAGGGUGGGGGAUGCAGGUACGACAGACGGGGUGAUUAUACGGUUGACGCGGAGGGGGAUGGGAUGCAACGGGUGAUUAUAACGCAGAGGGAGA